AUGUUCAGGUAUUUAUCGAGGACGUCUACCAUCUACAAGGGUGUGAUAGCCACGUCUAAGACGGCUUCCACGGCAAACGUUGUAGCAGCACAGGAGAGCAGAAGGAACUAUGCCAACAAACGCAACAACAACAGAAAUGGUCCAGCAGAUGCCCUUGAUGAGAAACUUAACAGUAUACUCAGCGGGAAGACAUCUUCUAAGAGGAAGCCUUAUGGUGGAAGGAAAUCUCCCGUCGAUGAGACAUCACCAUGGUAUGCUCAGUUAUGUGCGUUAGAUGACUGUCUGACCACUACGUUAAAGCAAUCAGCUACUCCCAUGAGAAAGCUUCUGAGCGAUAGAGUAAACCACCCUGAUAUGAGAUCAAAUCCAACAUUUUGGCAUUCGGUGUCUCGGGCUAUGACUCUAUACAACGAACUGAAACAAUGUCCCGAGAUGACAGAUCAAAGGGUGACAUCUUUGGUACACCUACUACACAAUGGGUUAAGAACAGACAGACAACUUGUAUCUAGCCUGAAUAAGAAACCAGAUUACGACUCACAAUCUUUCCACAAAGAAAUGGUGAACUUUAUAUACACUUCAUUAAAUGAAAUCUCGGACGAUAUCCUCAACAACAACGUACCAAUAAAUGCAAACGGCCUAAUGCACUUGUUCACUUCAUACCAGGAGAUGGGCUUUACAGAUCUAGUAGUUCAAAUCUGGAAGAAAAUCGAAACCAUCGCAGAGCAGAACCCUCAAUCCAAUAUUGGUAAAAUCUCAAAACAUCCUAAUGUCGUUGGUAUCGUCCUUCCAAUACUUUAUGAAAAGGAAAUCGUCAACUUCAGUGAAGCUGAAAAGUUAUUCAAGGAAUGUGAACAAUACCAUAACCGUAUGUUCCCAAAUCUCUAUGUGGGUAUGAUUCUGACAAGUUUGAAGGCGAACGAGAACAUGAAGGCAUUAGAAUUGUUCGAAACUCUCUGUACCAAUUCCAAGGGUGUACAUUAUGGAUACAUAUCAGAAACUCAUAUCGCAUUCAUUAGUCAAUGUAAGGAUAUCUCAGUCGCAGAGAGCUUUCUCGACAAGGCUGUGAACAACGAAAUGCCAUACAGAGUGGAGAUCCAAGUCUCCGCUGUGAACUCGCUAAUGUAUAAUAUUUGGUCAGAGAAUCAAGACUUCAAUAAAAUUAAAGAGAUAUGGCAAAAGAUGGUGACAUUUUAUGGAGAGAAUAAUCUGAGAUUAGCUAUCUUCUCCUCUCUGAAUAAUGAAUUCUUCUCCUACUUCUUUGAGAAGUACAAAGAAAACAAGACUGAAGGACUAGAACAACUGCAAAAACUUAUAACUCAAUACAACAAUUUGAAAGGUAUCGACGAGCCAUUUCUGAAUAUCAUUUUGGCAAAAUGUACAGUCUGGAAAGAGCCAGAAGUAAUUAAGUACAUCGAAAAGAACUUUGAGUUAUUCAACGUUCCAAAAUCUCUAAUUACUUCAAGAAUUUUAUUGAAAUCACUAGGGUCAAUUGACAACAUUACAAAAGAACAGAUUGUAGAGAGAUGGCAAGAGAUUGUCCUGAAGGCAGACUCGCUUGGCAGCAAGUAUAUUGCAAAUGCUGACUGGGCUGCUUUGAGAGAUGCAACUGUAAAAUGGGCACAAGAGAAUAAAGAUAACCAAGAGUCUCUCGACAGAAUAGAAUGGUACCUACAAAUAGUAAAUGUUUACCAAAAAUACUGUCGUGAUGGUUCGCAAAGAUACAGAAUCUUGAAAGGUUGCUCCAAGUCCUUCCCAAUUCUAGCAGAAAACCUACAAAGACUAGACCUGGUGGACACCUCUUCCAUACCCGUUUGCGAGGUCAAGAGCUUGAAAGAAGCAUUACAAAACUGA